AUGUUCCCGGCUGCCACCAUCGUUGCGGGCGCUAUUAGUUCGUACAAUAUUUCCUCUUUUGCGUCCAACAACUCCGAAGCCCAAGCCACACUUCCCAAAAACCACCACAGUUUUCCUUUUUUUCCGACGCUCGAGUCUCUUAAAGUUGCCGCUCGCCCCGCCGCUUCAGCUUCUACCGCGGCAAAUGGCGACGGCGAAGUUCCAUUUGCUAGCACGCUGUCAGUCCCAGCCGCUGCCGAGUCGCAAACUCCCCUCGACUUUGAGACGUCAGUGUUUAAGAAAGAGAAGAUUGACCUGGCUGGUCACGAAGAGUAUAUUGUGAAAGGCGGGAGGGACUUGUUCAAGCUCUUGCCUGAUGCAUUCAAGGGAAUCAAGCAGAUCGGCGUCAUUGGAUGGGGUUCUCAGGGACCUGCCCAAGCUCAGAAUUUAAGAGACUCACUUGCAGAAGCAAAGUCUGAUAUCGUUGUCAAGAUUGGGUUAAGAAAAGGUUCAUGCUCAUUUGCUGAGGCUCGUGAAAUUGGAUUUAGCGAAGAGAAUGGUACACUUGGAGACAUAUGGGAGACUAUUUCUGGUAGCGAUUUGGUGCUGCUCUUGAUUUCUGAUGAAGCUCAGGCAGAUAACUAUGAAAAAGUGUUUUCCCACAUGAAGCCAAAUAGCAUUCUGGGCCUUUCUCGUGGUUUCCUUCUCAGACUUUUGCAGUCGAUGGGUCAUGACUUCCCAAAGAAUAUUAGUGUAGUAGCGGUAUGUCCAAAGGGGAUGGGUCCUUCGGUACGGAGGUCAUACGUGCAAGGGAAGGAAAUUGAUGGUGCUGGAAUCAAUGCCAGUUUUGCUGUUCAUCAGGAUAUUGAUGGCAGAGCUACAGAUGUUGCCUUGGGAUGGUCUGUUGCCCUUGGCUCUCCGUUUAUCUAUGCCACUACACUGGAACAGGAAUACGAGAGUGAGAUUUUUGGAGAGCAAGGCAUUUUACAUGGUGCUGUGCAUGGACUUGCUGUGGCAUUGUUCAGAAGGUACACUAAUAGGGAAAUGGAAGAAGAUCUUGCAUAUAAAAAUACUGUGGAGUGCAUGACACGGAUUGUUUCCAAAACAAUAUCAGCUAAGGGAAUUCUGGAAGUUUACAAUUCAUUUACCGGACAAGAUAAGAAAGAUUUUGAGACUGCCUAUAGUGCUGCUUAUUAUCCUUUCAGGGAUAUGUUAAACAAGUGCUAUGGGGAUGUGGCCACUAGAAGUAAAAUUGUCGUUUUGGCUGGACGUCUCUUUCAUGAAAAGGACAGUCUCUAUGCAUUCCCAGUGUGUCAAACUGACCUAAUAAGGAUGUGGAAAGUAGGUGAGAGUUUUUGCGCUGUAAAGCCUGCUGGUGAUUCAGGUCCUUUGCACCCUUUAACUUCUGGUGUGUUCGUGGCAUGUAUGAUGGCACAAGUUGAGAUUCUGAGGAGUAAAGGUCAUUCUUAUUUAGGGAUCAUUAAUGGGAGUGCAACAGACGCUGUAGAUUCUUUGAAUCCUUUUAUAGAUGCUCGUGGUUUUGUAGUUACAGAAGACAACUGUUCAACAAUGGCUUAUCUGGGAUCAAGGAAGUUUGCUCACCAGUUUGAUUACAUCCUCACACAGAAUGUAUUUGGGGCCGUUGAUAAAAAUAUUCCCAUUGAUCCGGGUCUCAUCAGCAACUUGGUAUCCCAGCUGAGACUUUCUAUUGACAGCUCAAGGCCUCAUGACGCUAACUUCAGGCGUCCACGAUCACGAUGGCUCGACUUUGGCGCUCCAGAUGAAGACCGUUUUACUGAAAGAUGA